GUAUUCUAGAAAAAACUAGCUACUACAAGCACGUGUCACCUCUAUUGUUGCCUAUAAAUACACGUCUCUCCCUUAUGUGAUAAGUUUCAAGCGCCGCCACCGUAGUUCUUCUUAGUAUUCUUCAUUUCAUAAACUAGGGAGAACCAUACAUACAAUAUAGAUUGAUUAAAUUCAAAAAUCAUCAAAUCUUAUUAGCAAGCAAAUUCAGUUUAGCAAUUAUAGCUGAAAAAACAAUGGCAUCCGAGCUUCAAUUGCCACCGGGCUUCAGAUUCCAUCCAACGGAUGAGGAGCUCGUGAUGCACUAUCUCUGCCGCAAAUGCACGUCGCAGCCUAUCGCCGUUCCGAUCAUCGCCGAAAUUGAUCUAUAUAAAUAUGAUCCUUGGGACCUCCCAGGUAUGGCUACUUAUGGAGAAAAGGAGUGGUACUUUUUCUCGCCACGAGACAGAAAAUACCCAAACGGUUCAAGGCCGAACCGGGCGGCUGGGUCUGGAUAUUGGAAGGCAACUGGGGCGGAUAAACCAAUAGGUCAUCCUAAACCGGUUGGGAUCAAAAAAGCGUUGGUGUUUUACGCGGGUAAAGCACCUAAAGGUGAUAAAACCAAUUGGAUCAUGCACGAGUAUCGUUUAGCUGAUGUAGAUCGCUCCAUUCGAAAAAAGAACAGCUUAAGGUUGGAUGAUUGGGUGCUUUGCCGUAUUUACAACAAGAAGGGUACAAUUGAGAAACAACCAAGCAACAGUGUUGUCAACCGAAAAACUGAACAUUCUGAAAUUGAAGACAGGAAGCCGGAGAUUGUGACACGUGGGGGCGGUCUUCCGCCACAUCCACCGCCGCAAACUACGGCUGGAAUUAGGGAUUACAUGUAUUUUGAUACAUCAGAUUCGAUUCCUAAGCUGCACACCGAUUCGAGCUGUUCGGAACAAGUGGUAUCACCGGAGUUUGCAAGUGAGGUGCAGAGUGAGCCUAAGUGGAACGAGUGGGACAAGAAUCUUGAGUUUCCUUAUAAUUAUAUUGAUGCCACUCUGAACACUGGUUUUGGCUCCCAAUUCCAAAAUACUAAUCCAUUGCAAGAUAUGUUCAUGUACUUGCCCAAAACCUUUUGAGCAUUUAAAGAUAAAGCACACUUUUGAUUGGUCAGGAGUUUGACAAAAUCACGAUAUCAUCUUGAUUCUGUUAAUCUUGCUAUCAAUCCAACAUGCCGGGUGCCACCAUGAUUCUGUCAAUCUUAUGGUCAAUCCAAACAUACACACAGAUGCAUUGCACGGUAGCACGAGACGAAUGUCUAUGAGUGUGCCUGUGCGAGUGUGUGCAUACAAUAUUGUUAUGGAUUAAAUUUUCCCAAGUCCAAGCCAGAGAAAAUUACAGGAAAGGGAAAGUUUAAGACAAAAUGAAGCUGCAAAUGCAUGUGUUGGGGCUACUAUUGUGCACUGUUUUGGUACGUCCCUAUAUGAUCUGGAUGAACCGGUGCAUAUUUCACCUGUCUCUAGGAUUAGCAUGUGCAUAUAGUUAUUGUAGGAUGUAGAUAGGGUACAGAGCAUGUUCAUGUGAUAGAAUGUCAAUUACGACAUUCUUGAUUAAUACAUCUCAGUAUGCAUUUUCUACUCUCUAUAAUUAGUAGUAAUGGUCAAGUUAAAGAAAAUAGCAUUAGUAGGACUGCCCCUUUCCUCUUUUUUUUUUUUUAGGUCGUUUAUUGCGACACUUAUUAUGUUGUGUAUUUCUUAAUUUCAUAUUUGCCUUAUUACUACCAGGUUUAUGUUUA